AUGGGUGCAACCUGUAGUAAUUCUUGCUGUACUAAUGAUUAAGAAAUUAAUAGUAAAGGCGGCAAUGAUAAAUAAGAGGUUGUAUUAUCAAAAAAUAAAUCAUUAAAAGAAAGUCAAUAAAGAAAUAAUAAAGAAACAGAGAGAUUCAACGCUGAUAAUGAUUAAGGUAAAUCUGAUGCCAGCAUUGGUAGUAUGAAGAAGGAGAACUUACUCAUUUAAAGUACAAUUGGUAAAAUGUAGAGAGUUCAAUUAGAAGGUAUGGAUUUAAUUCAUUUAGAAAUUACAUUUUCUGAUGGNUUUUUAUUCAUUUUUUAGAAUCUGCUUCUAAGAAUAAUAAAAUUCAUUAUAAGAUAAAAUAUAAAUUAUAUUUUACUAAUUAAGAUGGGAUAGAUCUGUAAAUUACCUUCAACUCCUGAACUAAAGAUGAAUAGUGAUUCUAAUCAUAUGAAAUAGAUAACUCAUGAAGAAGAAGUUCAAUAUGAAGAAUAAGAAAAUAAAAUAAGUGAACAAAAUUAGUCUUUUUUUCCUGGCAAUCAAUUAUCAAUGCAAUUGUCAUGUACUCCAGAAUUUAGUUUACCUCCUCAAUAAAAUAAAUUAAUUUCAUAGCAAGAUAGCCAAUACACUCCUGAAUUUUUAGCAAUAAGUUAACCUUUUUAAUAAUAAAUGAAUAUAUAUUAAUAAUAAUUUUGA